AUGGCUCUAGAUGACCUCGCCAACGUCGUCCACCCGAAUCCAUCAGUUGAAGACGUUCCAGAUGUCAAGGAAGCUUCUAGAUCUCCAGAAGAUAAAGAUCAGAAAACCAAGAAAUUCUCCAUUCUGGCUACACCGUUGCCAGUUAAUGAAGGCGUGUUGGCUCCAGAAGACCAUCAGGAAUCAGAAUCUCUAGCUGAAGACGUCAAGGAACCUUCUAAAUCUCCAGAAGAUGAUGAACACCAGAGAAUCAAGAAGCCAUUGAACGCGUUCAUGUGUUUUGCCAAGGAGCAUCGGCCAAAAUUGUGUACGGAGCCUGGAACGCCAUCUGCUGAAAACAACAAAAUUUUGGGUAAAAAAUGGCAAGAAUUGUCCCCAGAAGAACGCAAAAAGUACUUUGAUAAGGCUGAAAAAGAGCACGAAGAGCAUAAAAUAAAAUAUCCCGAAUGGUCACCUGCUCAAAACUAUCGAAGAGCAAAAACGAAGAAGAGAACACGAAAAAUGAUUGAUGGUGAGAUUUUGAAGUAUCGAUUUUUUGAUUUUUUAAAGUUUUCAGAGAAACAAAAGCCAGGAAAAAAAUAUCGUGCCCAUUUUGGGAUGGAGAAUCGAAAGCUUUGGUGUAGAAAGUGUUUGCUGAAGCAGAGAUGUAGCUAUCAGGAAAGCUCAACGCCUUCUGAAUCAGAUGCAAAUGAAAAAAUGGGAAUUCAAAAUCCAAAACCAAUGAUUCUGAAUAUAUAG